AUGUGGGCAACGCUGGAUGACCCUGUCGCGGGCGUCCUGGAAAGUCGCUACUUUGAAUCCCUGAAUCUUCCUUCCUGUGGUAUAUGUAGCUGGGAACGCUCAAUGACCAAGAACAACUUCUACAAGAAUGCCAGGCGCCGGGCUGCGCCGCCGGUGCCGGGGACCGAUCGCUUCCCUCUGGUAGUCAAACCGGAGAAUGGAUGUGCCAGCCAACUGAUUGAUGAACAGUCGGUCUGCCACAACCAGGCAGAGCUGGAGGGCGCCCUCCGCCGAGCUGAGGCGAUGGGCAUUGGAGAUAUAAAGACCUAUGCUGAAUCGUACAACCCUGUCGGGCGCAAUAGUGAUGAUAUUGCCAUUCAAGAGUAUAUUGACGGGGAGAAGUAUACUUGCACCGUCGUUCAAAUGGGCGACGCUUGUAUUGCCUUGACUCCAUUCAAGGCGGGCACAAAGGAGAGAACCGGGACGGAGAAGUUAAAAUUCGACGGCGAGACUCGCAUCGAGCAGUUACGCAAGAAAGAAAAUCCUUUUUUGUUUGAACGUCUCCAAAACGUCGCAAUUGACGCUUUCGUCGUUAGUGGAUGUCGAGGCAGCAACAUGGGCCGCGACAUUAGUCUCCGUGCCUGGCCUAAUGGCGACGUCUUCACUAUUGAGGUCGACCCCCAGCCUGCGGCUUUCAUGCCCAAAGGGCCUUCCCAGGAUCAACCCCUCGUACACAGUCUUCCUGGAGGAUACCCGGCGGUCAUCAAUAUUUUCAUUGCGAAUUACUUGCUUCGAAACGUAGCGCAACGGGAUGUCUCGGCGAAAAUUGCCGCUUCGUACGAUGGCUUCGCUUCGAAAUACGACACAAGUCUCGACCAUGAUAACACAAUUGCAGCAGCUAUCAGAAACCUGACAGACGUGUAUGACUUUGGCGGAACCGUUUUUGAUCUCGCCUGCGGCACAGGUGUCUUCGGGUGUGUGUUGGCAGAAAGCAAUGCCGCCAGUAGUCGCUUGCUGGGCUUUGACAUAUCCUCCAAGAUGGCGAAUAUCUGCCGGAGCACCGGUGUGUACGAGGCCGUUCAUAUCGAGUCCAUGGAGCAAGCUCUCCUGCACUGUGAUUGCUUCGCCGAGGGUGUCGAUCAUAUAGUCUGCUUCACAGCCAUUCACUUCUGCGCCCUGAGAUCUUUGCAUUUGUUCUGGUCCUUUGCUUCACCCUGGCCAAGAAGUCCAUAA